CCGCCAGCGCCGCUCCUGUCCCUGUGAAAGCCCCUUUCAAUUCCGGCUGACGGUGUCCGCCCCUGCACCUGCCGGGAGACCGCGUCUCCUCGGAGACCCGCCGGUCGGUGUUGUCUCCCGCAACAAGAUGGUCGCUGUGACCGGCUGCAACGAUGUUUCGCAUCGUGGUUCCGACACUCGAGUUCAGGUUUGGCCGCGACGAGCCUGGCAAGGUCACUGCGGUGGCGUCACACCGAGAGCCCGUCUGUUCCAGCCGUGAUUCAGACUCGCCAUUAGCGCCUCUUCACUGGGGAUUUUAAAUUCACGUCACCCUUGUUUACAUAUCUUCCGAUGUUUGAAUGUGUGGCGAUGCUAUAUGUUAGCAAGCAGUUAAUGAUUAAUUGUUUAAAUAUUGAUGUUGUUUAAACAUUCCAAAAGUCGGGCAUGACUCACCGGGAAUAAAAAUGACGCGCAGAGGUACUCAGGAUCGGGUCAGUGACGUCAUCAUUCCGGCAGCGUAGAUUGAGUGCGUUCUGGCUCAGCUUUUUCCCUCUUUGUCAGGCGACAUGCUGGUGCGCCCCCCUGUGGUUGUAGCGAUCUUGUGCUGAGUUAAAGAAGUUGUGUUGCAGAGAAGAUGCCGACUGCGGCACCACCAGCGACUAGCAGGUUCCCAUGGAGUCGGGUUUGAACACCGUGGAGCUGCAGGAGCUGACCAGCCCGAGCGCCUGCAAGACGGCGCCACCAGGCCGCGGCUUCGACAAUGCUUCCUUCCUGCGGGAUGAGGAGCCCCACCAUCCAGAGGCGUCGAACUGCCAACCCUCCUCCUCUAACUCCACCCAAGAGGUCCAGCACCGCAGCUCGCUCCCCUCGUACGAUGAGGAGACGGAGGGUCCGGACGAUGUGCAGGAGUCGUCGGCGGGGGUCGAUCGCACGGCAGACUAUGGCUUCAUCUUCGCCCUGGUGUUCCUGGUGAGCGGCAUCGUGCUGGUUGUCAUUGCCUACACCAUCCCUCGAGAGGCCAAACUGGACCCAGAGUCGGUGUCGGCCCGCCAGAUGGAGCGUGUGGAGACCUACUACGCCCAACUGGGGUCCCACCUUGACAAGUGCAUCAUCGCGGGUCUGGGCCUGCUGACACUGGGCGGCAUGUUCCUGUCCGUGCUGCUCAUGGUCUCCAUCUGUCGCAGCGGGAUAUACCGUCGCCGGACCGCCUUCGUGCGACCCAAAAGGACUUAUGGCUCCAUCAACCUGAGGAUGAAACAGCUGGCCACGGGGGAGGACGGUGGGGAGGUGGGUGAGGCCGGGGGGUUGGGAGAGCAAGAUGACACGAAGGGGCACAGCAGGGGGGACAGAGACUCCUGACUCCUUCCUUCCGGGAGAGUAAACCCGACAGCAGUUCUGGACGUAUAAAUGCUUUAUACGUGAAACCCGAUAGCACUGACUUAUGGUCAAGCACAUCCUGUCUGAAUGUAUGAAACGUCUGGGCUCCUCUGUUUCCAUGGAAACAGCCUCAAACAUCAGCUGAGCACGAUAACUGUUUGAACCACAGUAUUCCCAGUGAUUGCGACUAUUGCUACUGUUAGCGUCGAUGAAGAAAUCAUAUUGAGUAUCCGACCAAAUUCGCAAUGCAGCUGAUUCGGUGAAAACACACGGGGCCAAAUCAGACACCACAACUUUGUCCAACUAAAUCGAUCACUGUUCUACCUGUAGCUAGCAAGAAAGCGAGGCAUCAGUGCGCACACCGACGUCACGUCAUGGUAACGCUAACCAGCCCGAUGUUUUUGCUCAUGAUACUUUUGAGUUUUUGCUAGCUGCAGCAUCACACAUGGACUUUGGCAAAGCACAUUUGAAUGUCAUUGUGUCGCCUGAGAAUGUUUAGCUAAUGCCAGUGGUAAGCGGCAAACCUUGUUACGUUGUCUUUCAUUCACAGUUUGGUGCAAGCGUAGCAGUCGUAUGUUAGCGACAGCGGAUCCUUGUAUGAGCACUCCAAGUCAGAACCAGGAAGUGGACCACUUGCGUCUCUGUGGCUUUGUUGUUGUCAUCAAAGUAGAGGCCGCAGUGGAGUCAUGAAUAUUCCGAUCUUGGGUGUCAGGCUGUAACACGUUUCCUUUGCAGCCUGCAAGUGAGGAAUGGAACGCUCCUAUAUGUGUCCCGCCUCUGAAUGCUCUUCAGCUGUGUGACGCUUCAAUGGUUGUGGGUUCGACACCAGUCCAGACAAAACCAGGUUCUGAGAUAUUUAUCAACAAUAAAUGUAAAGCAAGUUUCUGAUGACAUCACGUCGUGAGUUGCUCGUGCAGAAGACAUGAACCCGUCUGAGGUGCUUACGCGGAAAGUGAAAGUCAAGCUGUUUGUUUUUCAAUCUGAAGUAAUAGUUUUAGAGAGUGUUUUCAUAUGAAUUAACUUUCUUGCAGACUUACAAGGGCGGCGCAACCAGAACCUCUCCAAGACUUGCAGGAGAACCCUGCCCUUGCACCAAGAUGGUUUGCUAAAAUAAUCUUAAUAAAUUCAUUUUAAAGUAGUAGCAGUAUUCAAAAAUCAUGACCAACUUGAUGUUGACGAUUUAGAAAAAAAAAAAAGAUCAAUAAAACAUUUUUACGCCUUUUGUUUAUUCAACUUCAAAACCUAAAACAGUGAAACGACAUGUGAAUGUCAUAAUAAAGAAAGGUGGAUUAGGAUUAGCGCAUGUAAUGUUUAUCGUGGACCAGACUCUAGUG